AUGACCGUGCGGCUGGCGCAGCUGGUGCAGGAGGCGCAGCAGGCGCAGCAGGCACAGCAGGCAGCGCAGUUCGUUGGCAGGUCUGUUGAUGGCGGCGGCGGCGGCAGCAGCAGCAGCAGCAGCAGCAGCAACAGCAGCAGCAGCAGCAGCAGCAGCAGCAGGAGCAGCAGCAGGUCAGGCGAGCCUGGGAAACACAAGCAGGGGCAGAACCAGCAGGGGCAGAACCAACAGGGGCAGCAGCAGCGGCAAUGGGACGAGCAGCGGGAACGGCAAGAGCAGCUGCACAGGACCGCGGGCGCGCCGAACGCUAGCACGUUGUUUGCUGUUGGCGGCCGCCGGCGCUGGCAGGUGCAGCGGCGGCUUGUUGAGCUGCUGAAGGAGCACGUACAACAUUUCAGCGUCCGGCAGGUCGGCCUGCUCUUGAAGACCCUGCCGCAGCUGCAGUGCAGCGACCGCGGCCUGCUGCGGCGACUGCAGGUGCGCGCCACGGCAGUCAUGCCUAGUGCCAAAGAGGCCCGCACGCUGACAGCUAUGGUCAACGGUGCGGCUGGGCUGGCCGCGGUGCAGGCAGAGUGGGAGGCGAAGCUGCAGGCCCGGGUGCGGCAGCGGCAGCCGCUGAAACGGCAGCAGCAGGCAUCAUCUGAAUGUCGUGAGAUUGGCAAGGCCCAGACAGGAGCUGCCAUGCUUGCGCCUCGCGUGCGCACAUCCGGCCAGGAGGAGUGGCAGGAGUCGCUGCAGGGGACCCACGCACAACAGCAGGAACGGCGUCGGCGGCGACAGCAGCAGCAGCAGCAGCAGCAGCAGCAGCAGCAGCAGCAGCAGCAGCAGCACCAGCAGCAGCAGCAGCAGCAGCAGCAGCAGCAGCAGCGGCGGCGGUGGCAGCAGCAGCUGGCUACCAGCGUGCACUCACUCGCCCUCAUGGGUGGGGCAGUGCCCCCUGAGUGGGCACACGAGUUUCUGGUCGUGACGGAGAUGCAGCUGCAGCGCACUGCAGGGGCCAGCAGCGGCGAGGGCAGCGGCAGCAGCAGCGGUGGAGGCAGCGGCGGCGGCGGCGGCGACAGCGGCGGCGGCGGCGGCAGCAGCAGCAGCGGAGGCAGCGGUGGCAGCGGCGGCGGCAGCAGCAAUCUGUGCAACAACAGUACCAGCCGUAGUGGCAUAAUCUCCACUAGCAGCAGCGGCGGCGGCGGCGGCGGCGGCGGCGGCGGAGGCGGCGGCGGCGGCGGCGGCACACUGUCACACCGUAUGUCGGAGGUGGACCCGCACUCCUUUGCCACCAUCGUCGCGUCCCUUGGACGCCUCUGCGUGCGCCCCGGGCGCCCUUGGCUCGACGCCUUUGCGCGCGCCAUGCGUCCCAAGCUGGCCACGUUCACACCGGCCAACUUUGCAAGCGUGCUGUCGGGGUUUGCGGGGCUGCAGUACGAGCCGCACGAGGACUGGUGGUUUGACUACUUGCUGGAGGCGCGCACGGCCAUACCGCGCUACACCCUGCGCGACGCCGUCAUCACGCUGCGCGCGUAG